AUGCCUCCGGUCCAUAUAUUUCUCCCGUCCUUGAGACUAUCUUCUGUAAAAUCUCGAAGUGCACCCGAAGGACUUGCCAAACCCAAGAUUCUUCCAGUGAUGAUCAUUGUUGCGUUGCUCCUGCUGUUCAAUACCGCUGUUUUCGGCGUACCGAGUACUAAUCGCAGUGCUAGAGAUAACGGUGGACGCACAACAGUACCUUCUGUUUUACGCAUCACGGCGUUCAACGGCAUCACAGUUGACGGUGGACACGCAUACUACGAAGUUCUAAUAUGUGCCUUUCGUGCCCCUACCUACCUCUUUGAGGCGCCAUCGAUCGGUGUCAUUAUGGCGCAGCUCCUCGCAGUUGGCUUUGAUACUACUGCGCGGGGAGAUGAGAAGGAAGAAUAG